AACCCCUAUGUAUUUUAGUCGAGAUUCGAUCUUGAUAAGAUCGAUAUGAUAACGAAUGACGUCGGUAGCUAUGAAACUCAAGCAUAGCUAAAUCCAUUUGUCGAUAACGUUCAUAAUUAACCAAGAUGAGCAAUUAAUUCACUAGGUACCUGGGUAAUCAUGGCAGCUAGAUCAAGCUCAAUCCUCCGACGGGCUCUCCUUUACGUCCCGGCGUCUUCCCCGCGCAUGCUCACCAAGUCCCUCGGCCUGAGCUCCGACAACAUCACCUACGACCUCGAGGACUCUGUGACGCCCUCCGCGAAACCGCAAGCCCGUGAAGCGCUGCAAGCCCAUCUUUCCGGUCUCUCGUCAAGACCGUCCGCUGUUUCCGAACUCGCCAUCCGCAUCAAUGCCGCUUCAACGCCCCACGCCCUUGAUGAUCUCAUGGCCCUCGCGCCCCUGCCCAUUGUCGACGCUGUUGUGCUGCCCAAGGUGAACGGUGCGAGCGACCUGACCUUCGUGACAGAAACUCUGCAGCACUUAGCCCCCGAGCGCCACCGCGAGGGUAGCCAAGACUACAAUCCCAUCAAGAUCGUAGCAUUGAUCGAGUCAGCUCGCGCCAUCGUCGACCUCCGUGAGAUCUGCGCCGCGUCUCCGCUGCUGAGUGGCCUGAUCUUCGCAGCCGAGGAUUUCGCCCUCGAUUUGUCACUGACGCGAACUCCAAGCUUGGGCGAGUUUCUAUACGCGCGAUCUGCGAUCGUAACGGCUGCCCGCGCUGCUAACCUGCCCAGCGCGAUCGACUUGGUCUGCACCUCGUACAAAGGUGAGGAAGGGCUAGCAAGACUCGAGGAGGAGUGCCAAGGCGGUAAGGCUAUGGGGUUUAAUGGCAAGCAAUGCAUUCAUCCAUCGCAGGUCGAGAUGGUGCAACGACUCUUCGCACCUUCAGAGAAGGAAGUUGAAUGGGCAGUCAGAAUCACCAUUGCUGAUAAAAAAGCUGCUAAGGCGGGUAGAGGAGCGUGGACCUUGGAUGGGGCAAUGAUUGAUGCCCCUGUUGCAGGGAAGGCGAGGGCCAUUGUUGAUAAGGCGCACAGAUGUGGAAUAGACAUCCAAGGAUUACAAGAGAAAUGGAGAGAUCAAGAACCUGAAUAAAUGGCACGAGGUAUGAACCUGCCCACCAUUCAAAUGUAAAUACAGCCAAUAUAUCUACCGCUAAUUACAAUAUGAUAUCCAUAUCU